UCAAAGCAGGCUGCCAUGACCAGCCAGUCUCAGGGGAUCCACCAGCUCCUUCAGACAGAAAAAAGGGCCAAGGACAAGCUAGAGGAAGCCAAGAAGAGGAAAGAGAAGCGAUUGAAGCAAGCUAAGGAGGAAGCCAUGGCAGAAAUUAACCAGUACAGAAUGCAGAGAGAUAAGGAGUUUCGACUGAAACAAUCUAAGGUAAUGGGGUCUCAAAGUAAUCUCUCAGAGGAAGUAGACGAGCGAACACUCGGGAAGAUAAAAGAAUUGAAUGGAAGCUACAACAGGUACAUGGAAGUCGUGCUGAAACAGCUUUUGAACAUGGUUUGCGACGUGAAGCCGGGAAUCCACAUAAACUACAGAGCUACCCACUAAACGUGCACCCUACUGCUCAAUAAAUGCUCUCAAGUUGAACUGGGAUAAUUCUCCUCAGAAUGGAUACUGUAUUCCUAAAUUUAAAGAGAACAAGAUUAUUGGAAGGAAAGUAUGAUAAAAUAAAGCUAAGAAUCUAAACACAGAGGCCAUUAAAAAUGUAAUGAUUCUGGGUCACCUGGAUGACUCAGUCAGUUAAGCAUCCGAUUCUUGGUUUUGACUCAGGUCAUGAUCUCACAGUUCAUGAGUUUGAGCCUUAUGUCAGCUCUGGCUGCCAGUGUGAAGCCUGGUUGGGAUUCUCUCUCUCUCUCUCUCUCUCUCUCUCUCUCUCUCUGUCUGUCUCUCUCUCUCUCCCUCUCUCAGUCCUUCUCUCUUUCUCUCUCUCUCUUUCAAAAUAAAUAAACUUUAAAAAUGUAAUGCUUCUAUUUCAUCCACGGGAAGAAAUGUAACCGCUGUUAUUUCUAUGUGAUUCUCCCAUAUCCCAUCCCCCUACCUCCAUUCUCUUGGUGCUGCCGGAUGUUGGCACUGUAGGAAGUGGUUAGGGGAGUGGGUUUCUUUUCUCACUUCUAAGAGUAGCCUGAAGGAGCUACUUACCAAUGACAUAACUGGGAGAUCUUACAUCCCGUGCAGUACGAAUCAUUCAUUCACUCUUUCAUUUAUUCAAUUAAGAUUGUCAAAUCCUAUUAUGUAUCACACAUUUGAGAUUGGUUUUGGAAAUAUAGCCGUGGACAUUCCCAUACCUGACAAGUCUCAUAUUCUCAUUCCUGCCAUCUCCUGUGACUCAAGAUCUCACUUCCAGUUUAAGACCAUGUAACUUUUGAGUGCACGAGGUUCCCUGUGUUUGAUUGUUCAAAUGAAUUGGACCUCUCCUAUGACAGUGUGAAGAAAAGCAUAUUUACUAUGACUCCUAUCAAAGGAGGCAGUGUUGUUAAGGGCAUCAUCCCUGGGACCAGGCUGUCUGGAUUCAUAUCCCAGCACCAUCAGUUAUUAACUCCAUGACCUUGAGCAUGUUACCAACCUCUCUUGUUUUAAUUCCCUCAGCUGUAAAAUGGACUAUGCUAGUUUUACCACAGA